GUUAUCUCCCCCUCCCCUUCUCGGUGGCUUCGAUGAACAGAAGGCGGAGGAGGAGGAGGAGAAGGGAGGAGGAGCAGGAAUUUCCGCCGCCGUGCGCGCGCUUGCGUGCGUCAGCCGCCCUUCCCCUCCCCUCCCCUGGCUUUCCAGCCCAUUGAGUUCAUUCAACCGCCGCCUCCAGUGACCGGUGGCUGGUCCUCCUGGCGGCACUGGAGACGCGCUGCUCUCCUCGACGGCUGAGGGAGAAGAAGCUUUGAAGCAUGAAUUACGUGGGGCAGCUUGCAGGACAAGUUCUGGUUACUGUGAAGGAACUAUACAAAGGUAUUAACCAGGCUACACUGUCUGGAUGCAUUGAUGUAAUUGUAGUUCGACAACAGGAUGGCACAUACCUGUGCUCCCCAUUCCAUGUCCGAUUUGGAAAGCUUGGUGUCUUACGUUCCAAGGAAAAAGUGAUUGAUAUUGAAAUUAAUGGAGAAGCAGUUGAUCUUCAUAUGAAGCUGGGUGACAAUGGGGAAGCUUUCUUUGUACAAGAAACAGAAGAAAAGUUUGAAAAAGUUCCAGCACAUUUAGCAACAUCCCCAAUACCCACAGAAGAUCAGUUCUUCAAAGAUAGUGAUGACCAUUUGCUGAAGUCAAGUGAAAAUGCAAGGAAAGCGCAAAACUCAGACAUUCCACAAAUUGUAGAAACAGAACCUGUGUUUUCCUCUGGGUCUGUGAAGAAGAAAAAACGAAGAAGACGAAAAUGUAAACAAGAUGCCAGGAAAGAAGAUCUGAUAUCCUCUCCUGGAACUGAAGAAGUAUUUGAAAUGGAAAUCAGUUCUGAUGAUGAGAGAAGUAUUCAGCUUCUGAGAAAUUCCUCAGAUUCUCCACCAAAGGAUGAAGAAUAUAAAGAAUCACUGAUUUACCAUUCAAAAGACCAUUACCCCUUAUCUGAUGGAGACUGGUCUCCUUUGGAAAACCCUUUUAACCAGGCAGCUUGUCCUAAAAGUGAUUCAGAACUGGAAGUUAAACCUGCAGAGAGCUUACUGAGAGCAGAGUCGCACAUGGAAUGGACAUGGGGAGGCUUCCCUGAAUCAACCAAGGUAAGCAAGAAAGAAAAACUAGAACAUCCUAGAACUGUCACACUUACCCCAACAGAGAAGACUCAUUUCAGAGUGAUCUCCAGCACUGACACAGUUGAAGAUGACAUUUUGGUGAACAAUUCAGUUUGCAUGGUACUGAAACCUGAACCAAGAACUCAUCCUCUCCUGAAGGAGCUAGAUAUAAGAGACAGACUUGCUCCUACAACAGCAGAAUGUGCUUUGGAAAUUAUUCAAGACUCAUCUGCAUUGGAUACUGAUACUCUUCCCAGUCCCUUAGUAGAGUCUCCAUCAGAAACUAAACAAUUGGCAAAACUUGACUCUCCAUCAAAGAAGAAAGGGACACAUAAGAGAAGCCAGCAUCAAGGGCCUGAUGACAUAUACUUGGAUGACUUGAAGGCUUUGGAACCUGAAGUUGCAGCUCUCUAUUUUCCCAAGAGUGACUCUGAUCCAGGUUCCAGACAGUGGGUGGAAUCUGAUACCCUCUCUGGGUCACAGUCACCACAAUCUGUGGGAAGUGCAGCAGCUGACAGUGGCACAGAGUGUAUGUCUGAUUCUGCUAUGGACUUGCCUGAUGUCACUCUCUCUCUUUGUGGAGGUCUUAGUGAAAACGGAGAGAUAUCGAAAGAAAAAUUCAUGGAGCAUAUUAUUACUUACCAUGAAUUUGCUGAAAACCCAGGACUUAUAGACAAUCCUAAUCUGGUUAUAAGGAUAUACAAUAGGUACUAUAACUGGGCAUUGGCUGCUCCCAUGAUUCUCAGCCUGCAGGUGUUCCAGAAGAGUUUGCCACAGGCUACAGUUGAAUCUUGGAUUAAAGAUAAAAUGCCAAAAAAGUCUGGAAGAUGGUGGUUCUGGCGUAAGAAAGACAGCUUAGUUAAACAGCUUCCUGAGACAAAGGAAGGGAAAUCAGAAAUGCCAAAAAGUGAUGUAUCAGCUAUUAUGAAGGAAAAAGUUGACAGUCGGCCUACAGAUGAUUCCUCUAGUGAUGAAGGAUCACAGGAACUGAAAGAAUCUUUGAAAACAGAUUCUACUUCAGUUGAACAUCCAAGCCAUGGGAAUUCUACCUCAUAUAAAAAAUCACUACGAUUGUCUUCAGAUCAAAUUGCAACUCUGAAGCUUAGAGAUGGCCCAAAUGAUGUUUUGUUUAGCAUUACAACUCAGUACCAGGGGACUUGCCGUUGUGCAGGAACGAUAUACUUAUGGAACUGGAAUGACAAAAUCAUCAUUUCUGAUAUCGAUGGAACAAUAACGAAGUCUGAUGCUUUAGGACAGAUUCUACCACAGCUUGGUAAAGACUGGACACAUCAGGGUAUUGCAAAACUGUAUCAUUCUAUAAACGAGAAUGGCUACAAAUUUCUAUAUUGUUCUGCUCGUGCCAUUGGAAUGGCAGAUAUGACAAGAGGGUACUUGCACUGGGUCAAUGACAAAGGAACAAUUCUGCCCAGAGGGCCCUUGAUGUUGUCUCCUAGCAGUUUGUUCUCUGCUUUUCAUAGGGAAGUGAUAGAAAAGAAGCCAGAGAAAUUCAAAAUUGAGUGUUUAAAUGAUAUCAAGAACUUGUUUGGUCCAUGUGAACAACCCUUCUAUGCUGCUUUUGGAAACAGGCCUAAUGAUGUAUAUGCCUACAUGCAAGUGGGAGUUCCUGACUGUCGAAUAUUCACAGUUAACCCAAAGGGUGAAUUAAUCCAGGAACAAACGAAGGGAAACAAGUCCUCGUAUUACAGACUCAGUGAACUUGUAGAACAUGUGUUUCCACUUCUUAAUAAGGAACAGAGUUCUGCCUUUGUGUGCCCAGAAUUCAGCUCCUUCUGCUUCUGGAGAGAACCACUUCCAGAGGUGAAUGUUGAAGAUUUAGUUUGAGCAGCAUUGCUCACACACCACCUCUUUCUGCAGAGAGGCCACCUUAUCCUUUGCUACCACAUGUCUUAUUAAAUACAGAAAAUGUCAUAGCUUUGAUACAAGCCAGUGCAAUGCAAGGCUAAUCUCUUUGUUCUUCAGGUAUCUUUAUUCAGUAAGGCACUGGAAUGUUAACUGUUCUUUUAAAUACCAGACCACUGAGAGAUUAGAAAACAAUGAAAGGGUGGGAAUUUAGGGGGCAGCUUUACAAUUUCAUAUAUACAAACUAUAAUGGAUGCAUGUGAUGAUUUCUGUGCUGGUCUCCUUUAAUGUAUCAUCUUAAGCAAAAAAAAAAAGAAUGUAGAACUGAUAUAGGUAGUACUCAAUUACUUAGGCUGUUUCAGAUGUAUCUGAGAUUCUUGUGGUUAAAUUCCUUAACGUCUUAAGAAUUUACUAAGUAAUUAAUGCUUGAUAGUCAUUUUGCUGCAUCAGAGAGUAGUGGUGGUUGAAGUGGAAAAGGUACUGUAUUAGCACAUUCUCAUAAUUACUUUGCCUUGCAACAUUUUAUUACAAGACAGUGAUUGGGCUAUCAAAUACUUCUUUUUGUUACUUGGAACAUAUAUAAAGAAGCUGUAUAUAUGGCUUCUUUAGCUGCUAUAUGAAAUUGGAAAUCCACAGCAAGGUUAAAUAAAAAUAAACCUUUACUGCAGCAGUUGGCAACUCUUUUAGUCUGUGCACACUACAUAGGUCAGUAAGUGAGAUAUUCAGGGAUAAAGCUCUUUUUCUUGUAACAAAAAGGUAAUGUGUAUAUAUAUAAAAUCAGUAUUUAAAACUGUUAAGCCUUUUCAGAACUUUGUGUAUUGGGGUUUCUCAGUUUGACAAAAGUAGCACAGGAUCAAAGUGGAAAAUAAGAAUCAGCUAUAAAUAUCAGUUCUGAUCAGAUGUAGUAAGUAGCCAGUUGUCUUACAUUCUUUUACUUGAUUUCACUUUUGCAAACUUGCCUGUAAACAGCACAGCAGAUUUGGCAAGUUUUAGCCCCUCCCCUUUGCCAAACUGUUGUAAUACAUCCUAAACAAAACCAAACUAAUCAGAAAAUUUAAGAGUUUUUUUAAUCAUUACCUUGAAGUUAGCUAGGUUUUUGUCUACUUGAAGCUAGGUAGGCCUAGGAGAGGCAGAAGUGAAAUGCUGACGCCACUUGGCUAUGACUGGUGCUUUUCCUGGUCACCCAGAAGAUCCAUGUAAACUGCCUCUUUUGUCAUAUAUGAACAACUAGGUUUAACUUGAAGUGCUGAAGGGCUAGGUGCAGCUCUUGUUGUUCUUAGUAGAAACAUUACCAGAAUUCCUUAGGAUCUCUCAAAAAUGCAGUUCUUGUGAAUUUGUUCAGAAAAUGCACCCAAGAAGAACUAACUAGGAUCAUCACUAGGUGUGAGCACAGCAUAUUGUAGGCCUUGAAAUUCCAAACUUUACAAUGAUCAGGCAGUGUAGUUAAUUAUGGCAGCUGUGAUCUCCCCUUCCCAAGGUAGAAUUCAUUCGACAAAGUACAUUUUUCCAGUCCAAAGAAAGUGAAAAUAGUAUAGUUUGUCAUCAAAACAAAGUCUGCUGUACUAGAUGCAAUCCAUUUCAAGUAGUAGCUGGAAUUUGUUUACUUUCCUAUUGUCUUACUUUAUGUAAAACUCUGAAAACGUGAAAAAACAACUGGAAUGGAGAGAUCCAUAAGCUGUUUUUGACCAUAAUACUUUCCACAACGCUUCUGGAAGAAAAAUGCUUUUAUACUUAUAACCUGGGAAGAUUUUGUUUGUAUAUUUAAUGCUGAAGAGUGCUCUUGAGUCAACUUGAUCCAAACAUUAAUUUGAAAUAAAUAUGCACUUCUUAAAAAUAUGCUAUUAUAAUGUCAAAGUCUGGAUUUGGAUAGCAUUACGUGGAUCUUUAAAUACUAAGUUUGGAUUUUACCUCAGUGACUCUAGAGCUGUCCAGUGCUAGACUGUGCCCCAGUAUUCAUAAAAUUUUUGUUUAGAACUCCUCAAUAUGUUUCUUUGUUGUAGUGAAAAUAGACUAUUCAGAGUUGGUAUCUGGAAACAAAGUUUCUACUAUGUCUAUUCUCAUCUACACAAAUUAGCUAAUUCUUUCUGUGAAAGAGCUGAACAUUAUGUUAGUGGGAGGAAAACAGCCAUUUUAAGGCUGUUUUAAAAAUGCAUUUCCUUUUAGUUUGGAAAUGUAUUGAGCAGCUUAUGCUGCAAAAAUUACUACUUGCAAUUGUCAUACAAAGUUAAUGUGACAGUUUCCAAGUUAAGGGGCUGGGAAACCAUAGCCUAAAUCCUUGCAGCGCUUGUAUAGAAUUAACAAGGUAAACGCUGCCCAUUAUGCAUGAAAACAAUCAGUUAUUGGUAUUACAGUAUAAAGGUCUGGAUUUCUUAUAUCUUUGAUGUGUUCAAAACUAGUAUUGGUGAGGAACCAAUUAAUUUUCAAGUACAACAGUGUUUUUCUUAAUACUCAAGGGCAGAUGUGAUGCUUCAAAAUAUUACUCUUUAUAAUAAAUAAAAUAAAAAUGUUUCAAGAAUUGUGUCCUCUACUCCAACAUGAUUCUUCAACUAGGGAAGUCUAAAUUGAUUCCAUUUGUGCAAGUAUGAACAUAAAAUGUAAGCUGGAGAUAAGUAAGUAAAAAACCCCACAGCUAAUAAAGAGUUCCUGAAGACAGUUAAUGAAAACAACUAAGAGGAGAAAUGUACUCGAACCAGAAACUUAGGGGCUUGCCUUCUGGUGAAUCAAGUUGUUUUUGUUAAUCAGCAAAACUUAAGACAUUUUUAUUGAGAGAAAAAUCUGCAUUUUGGCUGGUUUUGAAUGCAAGGGAAGGACAAAACUCUUCAGUAUAUUCUAUUUAAUUACUGAUAAUUGUGUUAUGAAUAUUUUUGCUUUGAUCUACUUUUGCUGAAUUAUUAAUUGGUGAACAUUCCAGUACAGUGUUUUUUGUAAAAACUGAUCUGUUAGGAAAAUAAUUCACUUAUAUGUUUAAUUAAACCAACAAUAAAACUUUACCUAAGAAUAUUA